CGGCGCCUCGUUCGUCGCCUCUCCGAAUUGUCUCCUGGAAUUUUGGUAGGUUGUUUUGUGUUUCGAUUCAUCGUCCAGUAUUAAAUUUGCUGGUCGGAGUUAAGUUUGCUGUGCGGCUUGGGAGAUCGGCUGCGCUUCAAUAUUGGCGGAGUUUAGCGGAGAAAGAAGCAGGAGGUAGGGUUCUUAAGGAGGUCGAAUCAUUUCGACGUUUGCCGGAAGCAAGUAACAAAGGGGAACUAUGCCUGUAUCGUCGGGAGCAAAGGCUGCCACGAAAGUGGGAGGUGCACUCACUCGGGCGAUCCAAGUGUCGCCUACGCUUAAGAAGUUUCUCGGCGUUGGAGAAUGCUCGCGUCCCGAGUCAAUGAAACGCAUCUGGGAUUAUAUCAAGGAUCAAAAGCUUCAGAAUCCGCAGAACAAAAGAGAAAUCCUCUGCGAUGAGAAGUUAAAGCCAGUCUUAGGAGGCAAAGACAAGGUUGGAUUUACGGAGAUUGCUAAACUCCUGAGCGAGCACUUUCCGAAGGCACCGAAGACACCAAAAACGCCAGUGGAUACGUCUACAUGAAGAUCUUUGCUAUUCAUCCAGUUCUGCUUUCAGGUUGUACAGGUUGAUUGCGACUGUCCCACCAACGGCGAACAACAGUUGACGCUGACAUGGCUGCUCCACAGCAUUUGUUUGUUUUUGGCUCCGUUGCUCUAUAUCUUCGUGUGGGAGAAAGGUUUUAGAAAUGAGAGGCUUAAUAUGGCUCCCCGUUUUGUGCAGUGUGGUGCCUGUGAGAUUGGAAUGCCCUUGUGAUAAGUUAAUCGUCCUCUCAGUAAAUGAUUGUCCAAGAGAUAUCUCCACGGCAAAUGCUUGAACUGUCAAUUUCACAUUGUAAAGUGAAUGUUGUUCGCAAGGUCCAAUCAAUCAAUUUCAACCUUUCUUGUGGGCCGCUUCUCUGCUG